CGUUGUGUGUGAGCUGCGUGUUGCAGCUUGUGGGGGCAGGAUGUGAUUCACUUUAUGAUGGACUGACCCAACAGACGGCGUCCCACAAGGGAGCAGGCGGAACACGGAGCAGCAAGCGAGGAGGCGAGGAAUAGUUUUAAUUUGACAUACAUUACAUCCUGUCAAGCAUGUUCAACAUGAGCGGCACCCUCAGGAGCUCGACGGACGGAGACACGAGUCUGGAGGACGACAGCGUAGUGAGCAACGACUUCACCACCACGGCGGGCGCACUCAUCCUGGGCCUGGUCUUUCUGCUGGGCGUGCCCGGCAACCUCUUCAUCGUGUGGAGCAUCCUGGCCCGCGCUCGCCGCCGCUCCGUCACCACCUUGCUCAUCCUCAACCUGGCGUGCGCCGACGGCUUCCUCAUGGCGCUCACGGUCUUCUUCAUCGUCUACCUGGCCAAGCAGUCGUGGGUGUUCGGCACGGCCAUGUGCAAGGGCCUCUUCUACCUGUGCAACGUCAACAUGUACGCCUCCAUCUUCCUCAUCACCCUGAUGAGCGUGCACCGGCUGGUGGUGGUGGUCUUGCCCAAGAGGUUGUCGGCCAGGGUCAGUCGGAAGGUGGUAAGGCGCGUCAUACUGGGAAUGUGGCUGCUGGUGGCCGCCAUCGCCCUGCCCUCGUUGAUCUUCAGAGACGUGCGGGAAGACAAAGACGAGAAGAAUAAGACCAGGCUGGUGUGCGCGCCCAACCAUACACUGCCGACCUACGUCAGGUUCCAAUACUCAUUCGAGACUGUGGCGGGCUUCAUCCUGCCCUACGCCGUCAUCAUAACCAGCUAUGUCCUCAUCCUGAAACGCCUGCGAGAGACCAGGUUCCGCCGGAAAGUGCGCAGCGAGAACCUGAUCCUGGCCAUCGUGGUCAUGUUCUGUCUCUUCUGGCUGCCGUACCACGUCAUCAACAUGAUUCAGGUGGCCGCUGAGUGGUACAAGCACGGGUCAGAUAUACGAGAAUCAUUGGAGCACAUCUACCAGACAAGUCGUGCCAUCACGUCAGCUCUGGCCUUCAUCAGCAGCUGUGCCAAUCCCGUCCUGUACACAUUUGCUGGCAAGUCCUACAUCAAGAAGAACGGCCUUGCCUUCAUGGCCCGUCUCUUUGAGGGAACGUCGAUGGACCAGACAGUCAAAAAGAACCGAGGGGCGGAUAAGGGCAACAUCAGCCUCAGCAACGUGGACUCCAGCACAUCAGGAGGACAAAACAGCCGAUGAGACCUAAGAGGAACUGAAAAGUGCUUCAGUGGAGCACACUAAAAAUGACACUGCAUGAGGAGUAUGCACUGUAUAUGUUGGUUAUGGAACAAUAACCAAUCAAAACAGACAUGUUUGACAAAGCAGACUUCGAAUAGGCAAGUUACCACUUAAGACGUCUUGUUUUUCCAAGACAUCUUUUUUCCAUAAUGGAUACUUUGUCGCAAGUGAACAUUCUUUGUAAAGGCAUGUUCAGCUCUUGCAUUGGAAUCAGAUUGUUUAUCUGAAGGAAGUAACCACUUUGCUAUAAAACCAGCUGUUUGUAUUUUAUUUUAGGGCUGGUGCUCGACAAAACCAUUCAACACCAUACUGUCGAUGAUGUAGCAUAUUGCAGUUGCCGGUUAUUUAACUUGAAUGUCAGAUCAACUCACUUCCAAGGUUUUGAGACCAACUCAAACAUGCCUCACUGCACAAAGGAUGAUUUUUUCUCAUUUAAACCAAAGCAUCAGUUAUGCAUGUUUUAUUGGCACAAGGUUAAGAAUUGUCUCUACAUACUGUACAUGGAAGCUAUUGGGAAUUACAUUUUUAAAAUAUCAAUCACACAGGUUUCAACAAUCAGAUGUUUAUUAUAUUUGCACAGAAUAGUAAGAACUGAAGUACAUGUUACUUUACCACUAAGAACAAUGAAAUACUGUAAUUUAAAAUUGUAUGUUCUCAGUGACAACUUCUCAAUUUAGAACUCAAGGAAUUAUAUAAUUGAAAAACUAGGUAUUUUCCCCUAUAAAGACUGCGAUAGAAAAUGUAAAAAAAAAGAAAAAAGCUGGGCAACAGGAUUUACGCUCC